AAAAAAAUAGAAGCUGUCUGCUCGUCUGCUCGUGGAACAUAAAUAAAGCAUUAUUUUCAACGGUUUUCCAUCAUCUAACAUGUCUUUUGACCCAAAAGAACAUCAGCACAGGAGAUAUAACCCGCUGAAAGAUGAAUGGGUCCUAGUGUCUCCGCAUCGCACUAAGAGGCCCUGGCAAGGAAAGAUGGAGAAGCCCCCUGGUGGUGACAUUCCAAGGUUCGAUCCAAAGAAUCCUCUUUGCCCUGGAAGCACAAGGCCUAACGGAAAUGUUAAUCCAAACUAUGAGAGUACCUUCUUGUUCACAAAUGAUUUCCCAGCUCUUAUGGAAGGCUGUCCCGAACCAGAACCCAGUAACAAUCCACUAUUCCAAUCAGCUGCUGCCUCUGGGACUUGUCAAGUGAUGUGCUUCCAUCCGCAUUCUGAUGUGACCCUCCCCCUGAUGUCAUUGCCUGAGAUCAAGACGGUUAUUGAUGGUUGGAUCGAUAUCAUGGAGGAUUUGGGAAAGAAGCAAACAUGGGUUCAGAUUUUCGAAAACCGAGGUGAUGUCAUGGGCUGCUCCAAUGCACACCCACAUUGCCAGGUCUGGGCCUGUGGAUAUCUGCCAAAGAUGCCUUCCAUUGAAGACAAAACGCAAAGAGAAUACUAUGAAAAAUAUAAAAAACCAAUGCUGUUGGAUUAUGUGCAACAAGAAAUGGCCAAUAAAGAACGAAUAGUUGUCUCAAAUGACCAUUGGUUGUGCGUUGUCCCAUACUGGGCUCUCUGGCCGUAUGAAACCAUCUUACUCCCGAAACGUCAUGUACUCAGACUCCAAGAACUCACUAGUCAGGAAAAAGAGAGUUUGGCUGAUGUAAUGAAGAGACUGCUGACCAAGUAUGACAAUCUGUUUGAAUCUUCCUUCCCUUAUUCCAUGGGCUGGCACGGAGCCCCGACUGGAGACUUAGGAGAUAAAGACAACAAUCACUGGCAGUUGCAUGCCCAUUACUACCCACCCCUCCUCAGGUCUGCUACCAUCAAGAAGUUCAUGGUGGGGUUUGAAAUGUUCGCAGAGCCUCAGAGAGAUCUUACAGCAGAGCAGGCUGCUGAGAAACUACAAGUGUUGUCUGAAGUCCACUACAAGAACAAACUGGGUGCCUCAAGCUGAUUCAGUUUAAAAAGUACUACAUGUAGUCUAAUUGAUUGGGUCGAAGACAGGCUCUAUUUAUUUUUAAAAAGAGCCUGUCGGCGACCUGUUCAUUGUUUGUGUAAUGUCAGAAGGACCACAAAGGACGGCAUGCAUUCUGUAAUAGGGUCAUAAUAAGUCAGCUUUUCAGUUUCUAUCAUGUAUGAACAAGGUGUUGGGUGGUACCUUCUAUAAUUUAGAAUCGGGAGAGUUCGAGACCAAUUAAUAACAGUUUCCAAUAUAUAAUUACAGUAUCUGUCUACUACAGAACAUAUAUAACUUUAGUGCCCUAAUAAUACUGCAAUAACAAAGUAUAGUCCCCUUAAGUCUCAGACAUCGUUUCUAUUGAAUAGAAUUGACGUUGGCAUCAGGAAUUGCUGGGAAAAAAACUACAUAUCUGUGGUGGUAGCCUCAAAAACCUAUUCAUGUGUUCAGUAGUGACAUCUUUGAUUUUGAAUGGGAACCAAUGACUCACUUACAACUGUGUUUACACAGUAGAUGGGAUUGAGUCCCUCAGUGAAAUGCAAGACGACAAUAGCGUCACACCAAAAAUAUGUUCUGUUGCUUUUUCUGUACAAGACAGUGAAGCAACAUCUUGAGUCAAUGUUUGCAAGUGCUCAGUGUGAAAAACUUUGAACAUUGACAUCUGACAGAAAAAAUGUUCAACAAAAGUGUUUGUUGCAUCCUAAUCAUCAUGUUAGUGAUGUCAUAAGUCCAUUUUCCACUAUUUGAAACAGAGGAUCACUUCGUAUUCUAUCUAAAAAGAUUUAUUCUAGACUAAGUUUUUUUAGGCAAUGCUGGAUGUCUGAGUAUUUUCAGUGUGAGUUUCUAUAACUGGU